AUGCGUACCUACGACGACACUUUCAGCGGGACAAAGAUCUACCCGGGCAAGGGCAAGCUCUAUGUCCGCGGUGACAGCAAGAUCUUUCGAUUCCAGAAUGGCAAGACCGAAUCCCUCUUCCUCCAGCGCAAGAACCCGCGAAGAAUAGCCUGGACCACACUCUACCGAAGAAUGCACAAGAAGGGUAUCUCGGAGGAAGUCGCCAAGAAACGAUCUCGCCGCACGGUCAAGCAUCAACGAGCCAUCGUGGGCGCCUCGCUCGACGUGAUCAAGGAGCGCCGAACGCAGCGACCUGAGACUCGCGCGGCUGCUCGCCAGGCAGCGAUCAAGGACGCCAAAGACAAGAAGGCGGCCCAGGAGAGCAAGAAGAAGCUCGAGAAGGCAAAGAGCGCCGCUGGUGCCGCCAGAGGCCAGGCCCGCGGUGGCAACAUCAGCAAGCUGCAGGCCAAGGGUGCACCCACCAAAGUCCAAGCCACUACCAGAUAA